ACAUGAUGUUUAACCCAAUCCUCCUAAGUUGCUCUCAGCUGAAGACACUAGAAUGAUUAUCCGUAAACAAACAAAAAAGAAAGAAAAUUCUGAACCCCCACCAACGGGGCAAACCCCCGUCGACACAAUACUAUUCUCUCUUCAGGCUUUCCUCCUGAUACAACGCAUCUGCCCGCGCCCACCUCGUGCGUGAGGUCGUAUCGAAACCGAAAUGGUGCGGGAAACUCGAUUGGUACUCACUACCAAAUCUUGGAGAGGUUGAUUGACAACCGCGAAAUGGUGUCGCCGAGUAACUCUGUAAGGUUGCCCCCAUUAGAAGAAAUUUCUAGCUUCGUCUCUGGGUAUACCCAACUGUCUGUAGUACUUUGGAAGGUAUUUCGAAGUUGGAGAUAUCUUUCUAGCUGCAUUCCUUCAUGUUCUGCUCGAAAAGUUGGCCUCUCGCGACUUCCUCAACUUUGCCUGCCUAGGAGGAAUCGACAAAAAGCUGAUGGAAUGGAGGAAAAUAUUGUAUGCAAUUGCAGAGGUGCUGAAUGAUGCGGAAGAGAAGCAACUAAUCAGUGAGGCAGUCAAAUUAUGGCUGGAUGAUCUAAAAAACUUGGCUUAUGAUGUGGAGGACAUACUCGACAAGAUUUCCACUGAGAUGUUGCGACGCAAGCUAAAGGAGAAACAACGGGCUGGCAUAAGUAAGGUACGAAGCCUCAUUCCUAAAGUUAAAUUGUUGCAAUUUAGUAUGAACUCUGAAAUAAAGGAGAUUACUCAACGGUUACAAGAAAUAUCUAAACAAAAAGAUGAGCUCGGUUUAAUAUACAUUGGAACAACAACUACAAACAAGGCAUGGAGAAGGCCCCCGAGUUCAUCUGUGUUAAGUGGAGUACCCGUUGUUGGAAGAGAUGAUGACAAAGCAAAGAUUAUUGAACUGUUGUCCAGAGAUGAGCCUGCUACUGUCAAUUAUGAUGUAGUUGCCAUUGUUGGCAUGCCUGGUGUCAGGAAGACAACAUUUGCUCAAGUUUUGGUCAAGGAAACCAACGAUACGAUGAUACAGUUUAAUCCUAAGGUAUGGAUCUCUGUGUCUGACGACUUCAAUCUUGUAAGGGUAACAAAAACCAUUCUUGAAUCCAUCACAUCUCAACCCUGCCAUUUUGAGGAACUCAAUAACGUCCAAGAAAGCCUCAGUAAGGUAUUAGAAAGUAAAAAGUUUUUACUUAUUCUGGAUGAUGUUUGGAGCACAUGUGACUAUGAUAUGUGGAUGAAAUUACAGUCCCCCUUUCGUGCUGGAGCACGUGGAAGUAAGAUUCUUGUGACAACACGUGAAGCUAAAGUUGCAAGAACAAUGGGUGCUACUAAAGUUCAUAAUUUGCAGUGUUUAUCUAAUGAUGAUUGUUGGAAAGUAUUUGAGCAACAUGCAUUCGACAACAACAAUGCUCUGCAGCCAAAUUUUGUGUUACUUCGAGACAAAAUUGUUGCAAGGUGUGGCGGUCUGCCCUUGGCUGCAAGGACCCUUGGUGGUCUUUUACGUUGCAAAGAAAUUGUUGAAUGGGGAGAAGUUUUGAACAACAAACUAUGGAGUACAUCAAAUAAGAGUGAAAUACUCCCGGUAUUAAAAUUGAGCCAUCACUAUCUCCCUUCAAAUUUGAAGAGGUGCUUUGCCUAUUGCUCAAUUCUUCCAAAUGACUAUGAUUUUGCGGAGAAGCAAUUAAUCCUCCUAUGGAUGGCAGAGGGUUUGCUUCAGCUACCAGAAGAAAGAAAAGAAAUGGAAGAUAUAGGAGGUGACAAUUUUGCGGAGCUGUUAUCUCGGUCAUUAUUUCAAAGGUCGAGCAAAGCCAAUUCACUAUAUAUAAUGCAUGACCUUGUUGGCGAUUUGGCAAGGUGGCUGCAGGAGAGUUAUGUUUUAGACUCGAGGAUAAACCAAAUGGUACGUGUUCUUCUAAAACUUGCCAUAUUUCUUACACUUCUGGUAACUAUGAUGGGAUUAAAAAGUUUGAGGCAAUUUCUAAAUUCAAAUUUGACAAGCUUGAGGCAUUUUCUGAAGUCAAACGUUUGCGUACUUUCCUACCGCUUCCACUUUCAGAUGAUCCGCAUAAUUAUUUGACUAGCCAGGUUAUUCUUCAUUUAUUGCCAAUUCUGAAAUACCUGCGGGUGCUCUCUUUGUACAGCUAUCAAAUAACUGAGUUGCCGAAUAAUAUUGGGUAGUUGAACUAUAUGAAGUACCUUGAUCUUUCUCACACAUUAAUAGUGAGCUUUCUGGAAUCAACAAUCAAGCUUUACAGCUUACAUGAAGAAUUUGACUAAUCUACGUCAUCUCAGCUAUUUAAACAUGCCGGCUUUGCAAGGAAUGCCUCCACAGCUAAGUCAAUUGACUAAUCUGCAAACAUUGACUAAUUUUGUUGUGGGAAAGGGUGGUGAGUCAAGUGUGAGGGAGAUUGGGCCCAUGUUGCUUCUUUGAGGAACAUUGCGCCUCUCAAGAUUAGAAAAUGUGAUCGAUGUUGAGGAUGCAAGGAAAACAGACUUAAUUAGCAAGGAAGGGCUUAAUGCAUUGCACCUGGAAUGGAGUGACAAAAAGGAGAACGACGAAGGUGUGCUUGACAUGUCACAGCCACAUGGAAAUCUAGAGGAGCUCACCAUCAAGGGUUAUGGUGGUAUGAAAUUUUCAACAUGGGUUGGUGAUCCCUUAUUCUCUAACACGGUGCUUGUAAGGUUAGAGAAUUGUAAGAAUUGUGGAUUCUUGCCACCACUUGGGCAAUUGCUUUUUCUCAAGGAACUUUAUGUAAGUGGAAUGCCAGGAGUGGAAAGUGUGGGACAUGAGUUUUAUGGAAAUGGUAGCUUUUCGUUUCCACGGUUGGAGACUCUUGAGUUUGAGGAUAUGCAACGAUGGAAGGACUGGUUUCCUUGCCAAGGAGAUCAAGGAAUUGAAGUGUUUUCUAGCUUGAAAAGGCUCUCCAUCAAUAGGUGUCUCAAAUUGGAGGGUAGCUUACCUGAAAACAUUGGUUCAAUAGAAAAGCUUGAGAUUAUUCAGUGUGACAAAUUGGUGGCUUCAAUUGCAGGCUACAAACAACUUUCUACGUUACGUGUUCAGGAGUGUAAAGGAGUAGUGUGUGGAAUUAGGGUUGACUUGGAACAGCUCAAGGCUAUUACUCUUGCAUAUGUUCCAGAGUUCAGAUUUCAAACUAAGGGAUUCAUGACAGGAUUAAGGAAGGUUGAGAAGUUGACCAUUGCUGAAUGUAAUGACCCAGAAGUCGAGUGCCAUAUCUGAUUUCCCUUCGCAAUUUGUGUAUUUCAACAGACUCCAAACUUCAACAGUUGCAUCAGUUGGCAUCACUUCAAACACUUUACAUGUAUAAAUGUCAGAGUCAUCUUGUCUUGAAAGAGGAGGAAGAGGAGAUAGAGGGGUCUUCGUUAUCUUCUUCCCAUUGUCGGAGGAAAGAGGAGGCAUCUUGUCUUGAAACUAUGGCGAUAGUGGACUGUCCAUCAAUAACUUCCUUUUCAUCCAAAGGACAGUUAUCUUUACCAGCUCUUAAACACCUUGAAGUGAGUAAUUGCUACCAACUGGAGUCAAUAAGCGAUAGCUUAUUGUGGGAUAACACUUGUUUCGAAUUCAUUGAUAUCUAUGAUUGUGAAAACCUUAAAUCCCUACCCAAGGGCCUAUGCCACCUGACCAGUCUUCGGUUUUUCUAUCUUUGAAAUUGUGGAAGUCUUGUUUCCUUCCCCAGCGGAGGGUUUCCAACAAGAGCCGCCAACCUUUUUUACAUUGCUAUGGCCACUUGCUCGAAAUUGGACACCCUUCCACAUGGCAUGAACCUCAACUCUCUCGAGAAAUUGUCAAUUGCUUACUGCAACGGUUUGACACCCAUUCUCGAACAGGGUCUUUCCUCAAACCUUACUCAUCUUACAAUUUGGAAGCCUUACAAUUGUAAGCCCCUCUCCCAUUGGGGGUUGACAUUGAACAGACUCACCUCUCUUAAGGAGUUGUGGCUCAGUGGUGUAGAUCUUCGUCUGUCCUCUUUUCCUCCAGAGGGAGAAGAGAUGCUGCUCCCAAAAUCUCUCAUAAUACUCAACAUUUCAGACUUCCCAAAUCUGAGGCACCCAUCAAGUCAGGGCUAUCGAUUCCUCACCUCUCUUGAAUCUCUUGAAAUCCGUGAUUGCCCAAAGUUAGAAUAUUUUCCAGAGGAUUUAGCCCUUUCACUUACACAACUCCGCAUAUACGAUCACUGUCCAGUGCUAAGAAAGAGAUAUAAACCAGGUAAUGCAAAAGACUGGGCCAUAAUAGCUCACAUCCCCUACAUAGAUAUUGGGGACUUGCCAUUAGAACAAUGACAGCGUGCAUCCUUGAUCCCUCCAGGGAGCUAGGAGGACAUCAUAACGCUCAAACAAUUGGAGUACAAAUUACACCAGAUGCACCCGGAUCAAACUGAGGUGAAGUGUACAUAUGCAAUCUAACAUGCUCCGUAAAUAUCACGCAUCCCACAGAGUUUGCACUUUCUUGUCUAGUUCCAACCCGUUCCAUCAUUAUUCUUUCCUGCAAUCUCUGUGUUCACGUCUUGCACAUUCGAAUAUAAAAGGUGCUGGUCGGUUGUACAAGGAUGAAAAAGCGGUUAAGCAAUGGAUCUUCUCGUCUUUCACUAAUGUGAAGUUCGCCAUGCGGACUACUGAAGAUCAAUGGAGUAUUUCGAAUGCGCUUGGCAAUGUGAGGGUGCUGAGUUUGUGUGAAGAAUUUAGCGACAGCAUAAAACUGGAUUUUGGAAGAUUGCUAUGGGAUAUAGAGUUGAUCAAGCUAAUAUUUUUUGGUGGGUUCAGUCUGGUCUUCUUUCACUUGAGUGAAGCCAAGCUUGUACAGCCAGUCUUGAUCCAUGAACGGUUGUGAAAAGUGCUUCUAAAGAGAAUAAGUUCGUAGGGGAGGCCAAAGGAGAGAAGAUAAUUUACGUGAGUGGCUAGGGUAUUUGCAGCAGCAAGUAUACAAGGCAUGCGAUGCUUUUUGGUUUCGAUUGGUGAGGGAAAUUGAGUCCGGGCCGACACCUUUAGAGGAGAAAGAAAGUUGUUCUUGUGGUUUUUUAGGCAAUUACUCACUCAAAGAUAUUGGUGUUAGUACAUUUGGUUUUAGCUUUGUGGCUUUUAGGGGAAGAGAAUUGGUAUGUAUUUAUCUUUCUCCAUUUGUUCUUUGUUUGAGUGAGAGCUAUUGAGUCGAGUGUGUAAAAUUCGGGGUUUGAGAGUUAAAACUCUAUUUGUAAUCUCUUUUUUAUUAUUAGUGGAAUUUCCUUACCGUCU